AUGUUCAACCACUUGAUUAUUGUAUGCUGCCAUGCCAUCUACCUCGGCGGUCCAACCCACGGAGCUGAUGAGAGCGAGUGGUUGAUCGAGUCAUUCCAAAAGGGAGAAACUUCAACUUUUAUUGCUCAUGUCAAGGCUGGACUUCAGGCACUGGCGCAGGAUCCUCACGGACUACUUGUUUUCUCGGGUGGCCCUACAAAAGAGUCUCAAACGAAGCUCAGUGAAGGGCAGUCAUAUCUCAAUCUCGUCCGUGAGAAUGGCUACUUCGCGAAGGAACUCGACAUCACAGCCGAGAUGGAGUCGAGAACCAUCACAGAAACUCUUGCAACGGACUCCUAUCAGAAUGUUCUGUUCUCGAUGAUCCGCUUCCACUCCCACACGGGGGCGUGGCCUACCCGAGUCACCGUUGUCACCCACGACUUCAAGCGAGCCCGGUUCAUGGAGUUACACUUUCCAGCCUUGGGUCUACUACCCCCCACCGAUCAUCAGAAAAGCAGUCCCCAUCCAGGAGUCUCAGUCAUCGGUAUCAACCCCCCGGCAGAAGUGACUCCGCCCGAAGUCUUGGUGUGGGGUGAAUCUGCAAAGGGGUAUGAACUUUGGAAACAAGAUCUAUAUGGCGUCGGGUCCGAAUUGGCACAGAAACGCCUGGCCCGAGGGUGGUCGCCAACGAAGAUAGAGGAUGUGUGUGUCAAUGCAGACCUGAGUUCCAGUGUGAAGCAGCUACUUUCUUGGAACGGCGGAAAAAGUAACGAGUGGUUCCAACAAAUGGCAGAAUUACCGUGGUACACAGGAUGA